GACGUGGCUAUAAAAGCUCGUGAACAGCAGCAGCAAUUUCAGCAAACAGCUGUCUACUACCCGCCAGCCCUUCAAUACUUUCAUCGCUGCGCAAAUAACUAUGUCUGACAAAGACGAACUUGCUGAGAUCGACGGUGUCAAGCCUAAGAAAUACCUCAAGGAUGGGGAGGAAUGUGAGGCUAAGUCGCAUACGAGUAAUUCUGUGUACAAGAUCAAGCGAACUUGGGAUCAUUAUUACUGUACUUGCCCUGCAUGGCGAAAUCAAUCUCGAGCACCUGUGAAUGCACGUUCGUGUAAACACCUGCGCUCGGUCCUCGGAGAUGCGUAUGAGGAUGCGCGUAUUUGCUAUAUGGAUCCUGACGGCGCUGCUGCCACAAAUGCGAAGAAUAAGAACAAGAGUAAGAGUAAGAGCGCUGGGAAGAGGAGGAAGAGGGAUGACGGCGACGACGACGACGAUGUCAGCAAGAGUCCGAAGAAGAAGUCGAGAGGAGGAAGUAAACCUGUAUCUAAAGGCAAGUCGAAGGACAGACAGGAUGAAGAAGAUGACGAGGGAGAGGAUGGGAGUGAUGAGAGCAGCAAUGGCAGGGCUGUGGUUGAAGUCCUCCUCGCAGUAAAAUGGGACCUCGAGAAAGGAGUCGAUCCUACUGGUUGGUGGGUUUCUGAGAAACUUGAUGGUGUUCGUGUUUAUUGGGACGGGAAGCGAAUGCUAAGUCGACUUGGGAAUCCGUUCACGCCUCCGAAGUGGUUCAUCGAAAAGUUACCCAAGGAUGCAACCUUGGACGGAGAACUCUUCGGAGGACGCGGUCAAUUCCAAAGCACCGUCUCCAUCGUAAAGACAUCCAACUCUCCACGCUGGAAUGACAUCACCUUUCAAGUAUUCGACGUCCCCUCCAUGGGAGAAGAACCGUUCGAGGACCGUCUCGAUUGGCUGAAGUCGAAUUUCACCAAACUUUCUGGAGAAAGGAGACAUGGACAUAUUAAUGUUGUUGAACAUGUGAAAGCGAAGAAUCGGGAACAUGUGUUGGAGUUGUUGAAGGAAGUGGAGAAGGAUGGAGGGGAGGGACUUAUGCUUAGGGAACCUGGGUCUCAAUAUGUAGGGAGCAGGUCUUCGACGUUGCAGAAAGUCAAGACGUUCCAUGACGCCGAAGCCAAGGUCACAGGCUACGUUCCUGGCAAGGGGAAGCACCAAGGUGUAAUGGGUGCAUUGAAAUGUGUCAUGGCUUCAGGGAAGACAUUCAACGUCGGAACAGGCUUCAGUGACAAGCAACGAGCGAAACCACCCAAGAUCUGUUCAAUCAUCACGUAUCGAUUCCAGGAGCUCACUCUCGAUGGAGUGCCGAGGUUUCCGAGUUUCAUCGGUGAGGCACUGGAUAAAGAUAAACCUACUGAUGCGGUUAUACCUUAUGCUAAGAAGGCGGAUGUGAGGGGAAAUAAUGAGGAUGGUGUUGAGGCAUGA